UGAGAGGUGAAAUGGCUCAGAAAGGAGUUCGGGUAGACGAAGAAAAAUACUGUUGUCCCAUCUGCUUGGACCUACUAAGUAAUCCAGUGACUAUUCCUUGUGGACACAGUUACUGUAUGGACUGCAUUAAAAACCACUGGGAUGGAGAAGAACAAAGGAAAAUCCACACCUGCCCCCAAUGCAGGAAGGUCUUCCUACUGAGACCUGCACUGGAGAAAAACAUCAUGUUAGCAGAUUUAGUGGAGGAUCUUAAGAAGACUGGACUCCAAGCUGCUCCAGUUGAUCACUGCUAUGCUGGACCUGAAGAUGUAGCCUGUGAUGUCUGCACUGGGAGGAAAAAGAAAGCUGUUAAGUCCUGCGUGGUCUGUUUGGCUUCUUACUGUCAGAAUCAUCUACAGCCUCACUAUGAUGCGGCACCAUUACAGGAGCAUAACCUCAUUGCCCCCACUAAGAAGCUCCAGCAAAAAAUCUGCUCUUCUCAUAAAAAGGUAAAGGAGAUCUUCUGUCGUACUGAUCAGCAGUGUAUCUGUUAUCUCUGCACCAUGGAUGAACAUAAAGGCCAUGAAACAGUCCCAGCUGCAGCAGAAAGGACUGAGAAGCAGAAGGAGCUCCAGGAGAGACGACAACAAAUCCAGCAGAGAAUCCAGGACCAGGAGAAAGAUAUGAAGCUGCUUCAACAGGAGGUGGAGGCCAUCAAUGGCUCUGCUGAUAAAGCAGUGGGGGACAGUGAGAAGAUCUACAAUGAGCUGAUUCAUCUCAUCCAGAAAAGAAGCUCUGAUGUGAAGCAGCAGAUCAGAUCCCAGCAGGAAACUAAAGUGAGUCGAGUCAAAGAGCUUCAGAAGAAGCUGGAGAAGGAGAUCACUGAGCUGAAGAGGAAAGAAGCUGAGCUGGAGAAGCUCUCAAUCACAGAGGAUCACACCCAGUUUCUCCAGAACUACCCCUCACUGUCAGCACUCAGUGAGUCUACACACUCAUCCAGCUUUACUAGAUGUCCUCAGGGAUAUUUUAAGGAAGUGACAGCAGCUGUGUCAGAGCUCAGAGAGAAACUACAGGACAUCCUGAGAGACACAUGGACAAACAUCUCACUGACAGUCGCUGAGGUUGAGGUUCUACUGUCAGAACCAGAACCAAAGACCAGAACAGGAUUCCUAAAGUAUUCCAAGGAAAUCACUCUGGAUCCAAACACUGCAAACAUGAAGCUGAUAUUAUCUGAGGGGAACAGAAAAGUAGCAAGAAUGAACCAACAAUCUUAUCCUUACCACCCAGAUAGAUUUACUGAUUCCUCUCAGGUCCUGAGUAGAGAGAGUCUGACUGGACGCUGUUACUGGGAGAUCGAGUGGAGAGGCAGAGGAGAAGUUGGUGUGUCAGUUUCAUACAUGAACAUCAACAGAGCAGGCAAAUCAGUCAACUGUUUAUUUGGAUUCAAUGAUAAAUCUUGGUCAUUAUAUUGUGACUCAAAGGGUUACCUAUUUUGGCACAAAAGAAUUAAAACUCCAGUAUCAGGUCCAGUUUCCUCCAGAAUAGGAGUGUAUCUGGAUCACAGAGCAGGUAUUCUGUCUUAUUACAGCGUCUCUAAAACCAUGACUCUCCUCCAUAGAAUCCAGACGUCUUUCACUGAGCCUCUGUAUGCUGGGAUUGGAUUUCAUGAUGAUGGAUCUUCUGUUGAGUUUGUUAGGCUGAAAUAAUCAGAAGUUAUCUGAGGUCCAGACAGUUAAAAUGUCUAUUUUAGUCCCACUUUCUUUCGUCGCCUCAUUGACUGUGAGAUCUUUUUGUUGUUCAAUUUCUUCACUUCUCAAGGACAAAAUGUCUUUAGGGAGCUACUAGAGUCGUCCUAGAAACGUUUUAUUUAAAAUUUCUAUUACUAAUAUUUUAUCACUUGUUUGGGUUUAAAUUUGAGUCAUGUGAGUUUAGGGAUAGGUACCAAUCUCAUGGUCUAAUGCACCAGAUUUUGGUCCCCAUAAGGACAUAGUACCCCAUGAUGUGACUUUGAAAACAGAUAAAAGUCCCCACACCGUUGUUAAAACAGGUACCAUGGACUGUUUCCCUCACACACACACAAACACACACACACCGUCACAACGAUCUUCGGAUCCAACACCACUUACAGAUACUUGUCGACUAUAGCUGUAUAUAAUC